AUGGUUGACUUCGGUGCUUCCAAGAAGACAUUGCUGACAGGAUUCAUAUUGAUGGCAUAUUCAGACAUUCUGAAUAAUAGAACAUAUGACCUUGUUGGAGUAGAUCAAGGAUAUACAACUUUCAAAGGUUACCACUACAAUGCGGAAAAAGACAUGUAUGACGAAGUGUUCAGCCACAAACACAAGGAAAAGAUCCAUCUAGUUAUCCCUGCGGACUUUACUGGAACCGGAAAUGUAAGCUACAUUCUUGUCUCGAAGAAAGGCCCGGAAAAGUUUAAUAUUUACAUUUACUUCCGAGACUAUGACGAAUCCCGGUAUCUCGGAGAAUCUAUUACAGUUCCGCUGCUUUACGCUUGCCCAGAUGACUUACGCCCACAACUACUUGUACAGUAUAGCGACGGACUUAAGAAAAUUAGAAUUGACGAGAGCGGAAAUAUGAUCAAAGAACCUGCCGACGAGUAUGGAAAGCUUCAUAAGGAACAUACAUCUGCAUUUGUUGAGGUUGAUGGGAGUAUGAAAGCCUGUCUUUGCCUUGUUCUAGAUGAUGGCCAUGGAGGAAGACUUCUGAGGAUUCUGAGCAACAGAAAUGGAGAGUUUAUAAAUUACUUUGAGAUGAAACUACCUGAUGAGAUCGGCCCUAUAGUUUUUGGAGACUUCAAUGGAAAUGGGAUGAAUGACAUGGCAUUUGUUCAGAAGAAUGGAGAAAAAUAUCUCCUAAAGAUUUACUUUAAUACAACCUCUAGAGUUGGUGAUGGAGACAAGAGACUUCUUGGAGGAUUUCUCCCUCACCAGAUUGAUAGCACCAUAUUUUCGGAAGGAAACAUGAAAGUCAUAGACCUAAGCGAAGAAUUUCCAAACUGCACACCAGUAAUAAGGUCUGAAGAUCACUUCGAAGGCCUUCCCUACGGGAUAUUUAAUGCAGAUCUCAGGGCAAAGGGAAGGCAGGACUUCUUCAUUAUAAUGAAAGACAUAGACAGCAGCAUCCGGAUUGGAGUCCUCGAAAACAACUCGAAUCCAGAUGACAUUCGGUUGGGAAAGGCAGAGUAUAACGAAGAUAUCUUUGGCCUCAAAAACAUCAUCUCGAUAAGUUGUUGCGACUAUAACAACAAGGGACGAGAGGCAGUGUUCUUAAAUAGAGUUGUGGACAAUAAUGCUGUUGUGGAGGCAUACAAAAAUGAUCUUUCAAAGGAAAACCUUAAACUCAGUCUAUCAACCAUUCAUCCUGGACUACAGAAGUAUGGAUCUGUUGUCCCAGGGGUGUCGUAUCUGGUAUCCUAUGGAGAUGGAGAAAGAAUUAUCAUUUCGAAUCAAACACCAUACAGUACGUUUGUACAUCUAAAGCACCAGGUGGCGUACAUUGGACUGGGUACAAUGAACCUUAUAGUCGACAGUCUGAUGAUAGGAACACCUGGAAAGAACGGGAGUCCAUAUGCAGGCCCAUAUGUGAUAGAUUCGAUAGCCAUUCCAAACACGGACCUAGUUGUAUAUUUGGAAGAAAACGAGAAAUACACUGUAGAGGCACAUUUCAUUGUUGGAGAUCAUUUCAAAACUAUUAUCGGGACAUUGCUUAUAGUUGCAGGAGUGAAUCUUGCCUUUAUACUCUUACUCCAAUACAGAGACAGAAGAAGAAUUAUAAAAGCAAAGAAUAUGGACAAACUUCAUCCACUUUUCUCUACGUUGCAAUAG